GGUGCAGCUCCUGAAGGAUCAGCUGGCCGCAGAGACGGCUGCCCGCAUGGAGGCACAGGCCAGAACUCACCAGCUGCUGCUGCAGAACCGAGACUUACUGCAACAUACUGCCCUGCUGGUGAAACACCUCAGCCAACUGGAGAUCAGAGUCAGUGGAGCCACACAGAAAGAAGAAUCACCAUGGAGUAGCGUGCCCCCUCGUUCUCUCUCUCUCAACCUGAAGAGCCUCUACACCCCUCGCUCAGACCAGCCCAUCACCUCCACUCCAGCAGGACAGCCAGAAAAUCCUCCUGUUUCCUCCCACGCUGAGUCCUACCUCAAUCUGCUCAACCUGCGUGGUGCUCCCACCGUUACAGCCAACGGGAAGCCAGCGAGUGCAAGAAGUGAAGCAGGACUAGACAUGGCGAGAAGGGAAGUUGCUAAGCUAGAAACUCGGAAUUCAACAGCACUUGAUGAGAG